UAUACUGUAAAAACCCAUGUUUUACAUUCACACAAUCUUCCAAAAAUCACAUAAAGUUUCAAUCUUUUUCAACAAUCCAUUACAAUUCUCGCCAAAAAAGGAAACCCAUGAAAAUCUUGAAUUCAAAAAGUGAUAACAUGGUUGACCCAGUUGUGUUUUACCUCAAUAAUGUUAGCAAUAAGAAGAAGAAAAAAGAUAAUAGUAAGAUUUGUAUGGUUACCGGGAUUCAAGAUUUGUUAAAUCUUUGUGGAUAUGGUUAUUGGAUUCAAGGGUUUAAAUGUUUUCCAUGGUUAGCUUUGAAUUUUCAUAUGACUAAUAAUAUGAAUGUGAAUCCUUCAACAUUACAAUUAGUGCAGAAUUUUGGUAAUCUUCCAAUGGUGGCAAAACCUCUUUAUGGAAUCUUGUCUGAUGCUCUGUAUAUUGGUGGUGCUCAUAGGUUGCCUUACAUUUCCAUUGGAGUUGUACUGCAGAUACUAUCUUGGGGUUCUAUGGCGUUGAUCCCAUUUGCGAGUGUAGCACUACCGAUUCUCUUGGCGUGUGUUUUAGUCGGUAAUCUUGGAGUAUCCGUUACUGAAGUUGCAAUAGACGCCCUAGUAGCAGAAUAUGGUCAAAAAAACAAGAUAAAUGGUCUGCAAUCUUAUGCCUUCAUGGCGUUGGCUGCUGGUGGAGUUCUAGGCAAUUGUCUAGGUGGUUUUUUCCUUUUGAAAACUCGUCAACCGAAAUUCAUGUUCUUAAUCUUUGCAUCAUUACUCUCUCUACAACUUGUGUCGUCUUUGACAACAAAAGAGGAAUCGUUUAGUUUGCCUCAGUCUUUAUAUCAUCAUGAACCACUCUUAUUGACUAUUAAGAAACAAUUUUCUGAUCUCAUUUUAGCGGUUCAGGGUGAGGGUGUUUUUCGCUCACUUUCUUGGGUCGUUGUUUCUAUUUCCAUGGUUCCGAUCUUAUCUGGUUCUUUGUUUUGUUACCAAACACAAGUCUUGAAUCUUGAUCCUUCUAUUAUCGGGAUGUCCAAAGUGAUGGGUCAGUUACUGCUGUUAGGUGUCACUAUCUUCUACAAUCGCUACUUAAAAACUAUCUCCAUGAGAAAACUGAUUGGGAUUGUUCAGAUUCUAUACGCGUCUUCCCUACUUCUUGAUCUAGUUCUUGUGAAACAAAUAAAUCUCAAACUGGGGAUCUCAAACAGCAUCUUUGUUGUUUGUAGCUCAGGUAUAGCAGAAAUGAUUGCCCAAUUCAAGCUUUUGCCUUUUCAAGUCCUGUUUGCAAAUUUAGCCCCUCCAGGCUGUGAAGGAUCGCUGAUGUCAUUGAUAGCCUCGGCCCUUUGUUUAUCAUCAAUUUUUAGUGGGUUUUUGGGUGUUGGAAUGGCCUCGGUUCUUGGAAUAACAUCAGUUGAUUAUACAAACCUUCCUGUAGGAAUUAUGAUGCAAUUUCUUGCAGCAUUGGUGCCAGUUUUUUGGAUUCAAAAUGUACCCACGUCAAUAUCCUUUGAUGGAAAGGAAAAGAAGACAGGUUUGAGUAAAAGGAGGAGAAAGACGAGACGGGUUGGAAGGGUAGUGUUCAAUAUGGUUUUGGUUUAUCGGAGACAGAGAGAAUCAGAGGCCCAAAGAUAAAGAUUUACAAAUCAAGAAAGAAAUAUGUAGAGUUAUGUUUGAAGCAGAAUUGUAACAUAAGCUAGGCUAGGUUGGUUUCUUGGAAGGAUGUAACCUGUGUAUAGUUGCACACACGUGAAGAAAGUUGAGUUCAAUUAGAUUCAGUUUUGUUCCUUGGUAUAUAUUACAUCAGAAAGUACAUUUCUUUUAAAUUCUAA